CUCGUUGUAAGCAGCUUCUUCCAAGAUUGGUUGUGGCAGAUGUUAACAGUCUGAUUACAGUACUCAAAUCUGACGUUGUGAUACGAUGUCAAAAGAAAAGAUUCGAAGGAAAAGAAAAAGCGCCGAAAAAGUUGAACACUCCGCAGAGAAGAAGAAAGGAAAGAAGGACAAGAGCAAGAGUGGAGAAAGUGUUCAAAAGAGCACAUCAGCGGAAAAAGCGAACCCACCAGCUGAAGCACCGGGAACUAGUACAGAGGGUGAAAAACGUCGAGCCCAUGGUUUUUUAGGUAUGCUUACGUCCUUGCGAAUAAAGAAGAAAAAGAGCGCAGAAAAAAUAGAGUCUGAUGAAAAGAUCCCAGAAAAAGCAGACAGCGCUGGCACAGAUAGUAAAUCACAGGAGAAAGGUGCUCGUCGCUUCAAGCAUAUGCUCUCCUCAAUUUGGGAUAGAAAGAAAACGAAAGCAGAAAAGGAAGAGAAUGUGGGAAGUGCAGAAGAGAAAGCCGACAGUGCCGAAAAAGCGGUUCAAAAAACAUCGACAACAUCGAACACUGCAGAGAAGACUGGUCAGACAAGUGAGCCUUCAAAAACCGAUACAGACGAGAAGGAGAAACCUCGCUCCGGAUCAGCAUAUUGGGAGAAAAGAGCGCAAAAGAAAUUGGAGAAGGAUGAACAGAGAGAUGUGGCAGAAAGAGCUGUAGAAAUAGACGAAUUGAAAACAAUGAGACUUCCGGAGAAGUCUCUGAUGAAUAAACCAAAAGCAACACCAGAAAAAUCGCUGGAGGUCGACAAGACUCUAAGAUCUAAAUCACUUCUGAGAACAGUCUCCUCUACCACGCCUGACAUGAAGGACUACGGUGUGUUAGGCUAUGGCGCUACCGGCAAAGGCAUUGUACAACCGAUGGGGUCGAAAAGGGUGCAGAAUGUGAAGCGUUUUUUCUUCCGAAUAAAAGAAACCAUAGGAAUGACGGAAAAAACCGAGGUUUCAAAAGCAUUCAAAGAUUCGUUAGCGCAUCUUGAUAAAUACAAGAUUUGCCUUGAUACCCUUGCUGAAGCUGUAUGUGGAACCAUACAGGAAAACCCCUCAUAUCGUAAAGAAGACCAUAAAAUGGAGAUGGCACCACCAGCAAACGAAGAAGAACACGAGAUGGUUGCUAAAUACUUGGAAUCAAAAACAGAUUUCAAUGAUUAUACGAAUCAAAAAAAACUAAUUGAUCUCUACAUGAAGUUAGGCAAUGAGAAACGAGAAUAUAUUCGGCGGGGAAGAAGGUCAUUACAUAAUAUUCGGACAUUCAUACAGUAUCACUACUGGGUAAUAGCCAUGCGUCGAAAUGAGUUGGAGAAGCUUCGAAGGGAGAUGGAUUUUGCGAAAUCGGAGUUAAAAGGUGCAAAAGAACCUCAACUAAUAGCUUACAAAAACAAGCUGUACCAAGAAGCUGUAACGGCUUUCCAGAUCAAACUAAGAGAGUUAACGACCCUACUCGAUCAAGUGCCACAGCACAAAGAAUCGCAUGUAGCAGAUCUGCUGGAGUGGUGCACAUGCACGAAAAAGUUUCACGAAGAGAUGGCACAUUUAGCAGAAGCGUGCGAAAAACCCCCUUAAUAACACUAAUUAGAAUGUAACGUCGAUUUUAUACACUACAAACAUAAUUUUGUAGAAAUAUUGUACUCGUUUGAAAUAAAUAGUUUAU